UUUACACUGAAUUUGUUUGUUUACAUUUUUUGUUCGAGUUACGAAAACAAAUGAAAUUAUGAAGUGUACAUUGGAGGGAAUUAAUGCCAAAGCCAUUGCUAAAUCAAUACAAUCACUGGCUAAGAUUGGUAGUGAUUUGUGUGUGGAAGCGGAUGAAAAUGGAUUACAGUUUCGCACCUUUAAUGCGACAAAGUCUGCAAUGGCAACGAUUCGAUUUAGUCGUAUAUUUUUCGAAACCUAUAGUGUCAAAGAGUCUGAUGUGAAUUAUUGCAAAGUGUGCAUGAAGGCUAUUUUGGCGGUGUUUAAAAAUAUGCGGCAUGUGGAACGUUGUGAAAUUCGUCUUUUGUCCGAACAGCUGAAGUUACAGGUUCAGUUCAAGUGUAGUUUGGAUACCAUGAAAAAUGCGUUGAUCGCAGUGGUCGAUGAUGAGAUCUUAACGACAAAUGUUGCCAUGGAGGAUGCAACGAAUCUCAUUGUGGGCACUUAUAAGAUUUUCAAUGAAAUAUCCAGUAACUUUAAUGCCACCGAAUCGGAAAUGAACUUGGAAACCAAGAGUAAUGGAUUAACAGCCAAAAAUUAUAUAGAGGGUGCAAGGGUUAAUGAUAAAUUUAUGAGAUCCCAAUUAAAUUUAAGUCCCAGCGAAUUUGAAUCCUAUAGUAUACAAGAAGAAUCAGCCAUAACCUUUUCUUUAAAAGAAUUUAGAGCAUUUUUGGCCUUUGCUGAAACAAUAAAUGAAAAUAUAACACUAAGUUUUAGCCAAGAAGGUUCUCCAUUAUUUGUAACAAUGAAAAAACCCGAUUAUAUUGAAUGUACUCUAGUAAUGACCACUGUUCUGCCAGAGGAUGUUAGUUUUUAUGAGGAAUGUUUAGAAUCCGAAGUUAACGAGCCAGCCAAUAACACUACAGGAAAAAGUGCAGCAGAAAAAACUCAAAAACGUAAACAUAACAAUUCUAACACUACCACAACAGCAGCAGCUAAGAAAAGAUUAUCUGAAGAGACCACUCUCAGUAAUGAUACCACUUUAUUCGAUUUUGAUACUGAGGUUAACCACACAAGUUUACAUUCAAUACAAGCGGCCAGAAAUUUAACUCAACGAGAUCGUGAUAUGGUUGAUGAUAAUGAUAUUCUGUUGGCAGCAGCUGUUUUAGAAACCCCUGAUUUAACAUUCCAGGAUAAUAAAAGCGAAGAGGAGGAUGACGAAACAAUACCUCAGUCUCCGCAGAGGGAACAUGUACCAAAAAUACGUACUAUAUUCGCCAGAUGUUUUGAGGCAACCUACAUUCCCAAAGAACCUUCACCAAAUAGUGAAGUUUUUGUACCCAAUUCUGAUACAGAAGAAUAAAUUUUUUGUUGUCAACUUAAUAAUAGAAGAAAAAAAAUUAUUUAUUUUAAAUAUAUAAAAAUGUUGUAUAAUUUUAUUUUAUGUAAACAGAUUUUGUAAGUGUGUGUUUCAUAUUUUCCAUUAUGUUUUGUUUAUUUGUACAUUUAUAUUUGGAAUAAAGUUGGUUGUAAAUACUGC